UCCAAUAUCAGAAAAACACAGAAGAAUCAGUCUGACGUCAUUGAUCUGUCGGAAUACUCUCAAGACUGCCAUACAGCUAGUCUGAACUGACUUUGGCUUUGGAAUAACACGCGCUUUCACGUGGUCGAUCGGUGGUAUUUCGAUGAAAAUUAAGUAAUUCAUCACUUUUUCUCAUACAAACGCUGAAUUUUGAUCGUUUUUAUUGGAUUAAGCCCUGAGCAAAGAAUGCGGUUUACUCUGGCCGUACUCAUGAACAAGAUAGUGUUGCACACAGACAGAAUGUUAUUAAUAUGUAUGUGUCUGUAUACGUACCGCUGAAACAUUUCUGGAAACAUCAAUAAGAUGCAAAUACCACAAACAUGUAGCACACUGCUGUUGGUGGCCAUCGUUACUUCAUGUAUACCAAUCGCCCACCAGAUAUCAACCCCGCCACUGCCAUCAGACAACCAGAAGGACGUAACAAAUCACUCGCCCGGAACCCGACAACAUAUUCCCAACACCAACCAAUCCAUAUUUCUUCACGGCCAUGAUGACAACAAAUCUUCAUCUUCCAGUCAACAAAUGCAAACUACUAAAAAACAUCAUACGCGGAAAAAUGGAACUACCACCGGACAUUCAAAAUCCCAUGACCAUCACAAACAGUCGUCUGAACAUACAGGCCAAGCAAAUGAUGGAUAUGCCUUCCAAUACAACGAACUUAGGGAAAAAACUGAGCGUAAUACGGCGGACAAUGCGACAAAUAAUGACUUAUCAUCCUGGACAAGCAACGCUGAUCAUGUAAAUGUAGUAUCUACAUCCGGUAAUAGCUUACAUGAUGAGGAUGAUACUGACAAAAACAGUGAGGAGUACCAGGCUUUACACCACCACGCGGACGGUAUCCAAUUGUUUCCAGUGCAUUUCAUGCACGUUAAAUAUCCGCUUAUAUUCACCCUGGUUAUGAUUUUGGCGGGAUUUAGCAAGAUCGCAUUCCAUCACUCACAGUUUUUGUCAUCAAAAGUUCCAGAGUCGUGUUUGCUGAUUGUUCUUGGCUGUAUAGUCGGUGGUGUUUUACGGUAUUCAGGUCUGUCGAAGAAAUUCACGCUUUUCACCCCACACGAGUUCUUCCUGUUUCUACUGCCUCCCAUAAUCCUGGAAUCUGCCUUCAGUCUUCAUGACAGAACAUUUGCUGAGAAUAUAGGAGGGGUCCUCCUCUUUGCUGUUUUAGGAACUGUUCUGAACUUCUUCCUCAUAGGACUGUCGUUAUGGGGCAUGCAUAUUGCUGGAGCCAUGGAAAAUGUCGGUGUCUCCUUGGUCCAAAUACUUGUCUUCAGUUCUCUCAUAGUGGCAGUUGACCCAGUAGCAGUUUUAGCGGUCUUUCAGGAAGUUGGUGUAAACAACACGUUGUAUUUCCUUGUCUUUGGAGAAUCGUUGUUAAACGACGGUGUUACGGUGGUGCUUUACAAUGUGAUGCAAAUUUUCAACGCACUCGAGGUCAUUACAGUCGGCCAGAUAUUUCUGGGUCUGGCCAAGUUUUUCAUCGUGGUCUUCUUCGGGCUCCUCCUAGGCAUCGUGUGUGGUCUUCUGUCCUCCUUCAUAACCAAAUUCACAAACUCCGUCAAAGUGGUUGAACCUCUCAUAGUAUUCGGGUUUGCCUACCUCGCGUACUUGCUGUCAGAAUUGUUCGAGUUCUCAGGUAUUGUCAGCAUUAUGGCGUGUGGCAUGGUCCAAGUGCACUAUGCAUUCCAUAACAUCACUAACAAGGCCAGGCUGUCAAUCAAGUUCUUCGCUAAAGUCAUGGCUACAGCAAGCGAAAUCAUCAUAUUCCUGUUCCUCGGCAUCGUCACUCUGGACCAGCAGCACGACUGGAAGACUGGCUUCACGCUGUGGACGCUCUUCUUUUGUAUUCUCUACAGAUUCAUCACUACCUACAUAUUGUCAUUUGCAAUAAAUAGAUAUUCAACAGGGAGAAUACGAAGAAUUCGUUUGGACGAAAUGUUCAUGAUUAGUUACGGAGGACUGCGCGGGGCGGUGUGUUUCUCUCUAGUAGCUCUUGUGAAUGAGGUAGAGAUUCCCAUGAAGAACAUGUUUGUCACCACAACGCUUUUUAUAAUAUUCUUCACUGUGUUUGUACAGGGCGGGACAAUUAAGUGGCUAGUGAAAAAGUUCAGGGUAAAAUUGGCUCAAACCAACAAGGAAAUGAACCUGAACGAGCAACUGUGCAACCAUGUGUUCGACCACAUCAUGGCAGGCAUAGAGGAGAUCGUGGGUUAUACAACUGGGGAACAUCAUAUAAAGGCAAAGAUUGACAACGUUGACGACAAGGUCAUCCGCCCACGUCUACUGCGGAACGCCACAACAACAACGUUGGAUGAUAUAUCGCACUACUACGAAAAAUUAGUCAUGAAAGAGCAUUACAAAAACUUACAAUUGAGUGGAGCGAAACUACCGAGAGUGAAAACAGAGAUUCGCCAUUUGGACAGCGUGUUGGCGUUGGAGAAACUGGCAGGCGACAAUGGCCACAGUGAUGAGUCACAGUUAAAACAACGUGAGAUGGUUCACCACCGAGUCGAGGAGAGCCGUGAGCCAAACAAAACAAAUGGGGACAAUCAUACUUUCUUCUCUAAUACUCUACAUGCAGUCAGGAGCGUUAUAUUUUGCAAUUCCCACCACAGACCAUCCAUUGAUCUAGAGGACAAUGAUGAAACCAUUACCAGAGAUCGCAAAAUCGACCUGAUAAGCAACCUACGGAAGAAACGAAGUAGGAAUAAACGGUUACACAAUCUACGAACGAAGCAGGAGGAAGGCAGUGUAAAACCGCCGCCGAAGAGUCUUUCUUUUAACUGGGACGGAAGCAGGGCAUGCGGCGAGGAACGCGCGCUGGUCAAUAAAAGUGAGAAUGGGCUUCUCAAACCGCCGAGCAUAUGUGUGAAUGGAAACCAUGAAGAUAGGAAACACAGUCAAGUUACAUUCCAUCUUGAAGAUACACUUGAAGAAGAAGAUGAGACAGAAUCUGCCGGGGAAGAGGACGGCAGUGAUGACAAUGGUGGCACGAAAGAACGAGUGAAAUUCAUACUAGGAUAGGAGUAGGAGUGUAUUGCAAUUAUAAAAGUAUCUAAGUUUUGGUGAUUGAAAUUGCGUCGGUCUAAUAAUGAAACAACUCGUAAAAAGCAUUUUCACUUUAAUAGAACGGAAUGCUACUAAUAUAAAUGAUAAUGUGACUAGAAAAUAUGACUCGUUUGUGACAUUUAAGGAAACGUUGACUACGUUUGAGUUUAAGUAGUAAGACUACUUCACAGGUCACUAAACACAUAUUGUGUGAUAAUACUUAGAUGUUGUUCGAACUAGAGUAAUGCAUUGCUGUGAGAGUUCCUGUUUCUGAAACAGAAAUAGAACUUCUAAACAUAUCAAUUACGCGCACACUUAGUGACUCUUUACUUCAUCAUCGGUUUAUUAGUCUCCAUUGCUCAAGUUAAUCAUUAUUUGUGUUUGUGGUGUCUGUAGAGCAGAUCGGACAUUGUGUCUGCAGACAAAAUGGUAUUCCCGUAUUAUUGAAAUGAUGCAGACAUAAUGAUAUUCCCGUAUGAUUAAAAUGAUGCAGACAUAAUGAUAUUUCCGUAUUAUUGAAAUGAAGCAGACAUUAUGAUAUUUACGUAUGAUUGAAAUGAUGCAGACAUAAUGGCAUUUCCGUAUGAUUGAAAUGAUGCAGACAUAAUGGUAUUUCCAUAUGAUUGAAAUGAUGCAGACAUAAUGAUAUUCUCGUAUUAUUGAAAUGAUGCAGACAUAAUGGUAUAUCCGUAUGAGUGAAAUUAUGCAGACAUAAUGGUAUUUCCGUAUGAUUGAAAUUAUGCAGACAUAAUGGUAUAUCCGUAUGAGAGAAAUUAUGCAGACAUAAUGAUAUUCCCGUAUUAUUGAAAUACUGCAGACAUAAUGAUAUUCCCGUAUUAUUGAAAUACUGCAGACAUAAUGAUAUUCCCGUUUUAUUGAAAUGUUGCAGACAUAAUGAUAUUUUCGAAUUGUUA